UAGAGUAACAACAAUAAUAUAAAAAUGUGAGGUAAAAAUGCUUCAGUUCAAUCCAAUAAUAAGUGUAAUUAUACCUAUACACAAUGGCUCAAGAUGGAUUGAAAAUUGUUUUAAUUCAAUAUUGGAACAAACCGCAAUAAAGUCGCAUAAAAUUGAAUUAUGUGUGUGCAAUGAUGCCAGCAACGACGAUACUGAUAAAUUAUUGAAGGCAUGGAGCGGAAUAUUUAAAAAUAAUAAUGUAAAGGUAAAAAUUUAUCACAAUGAGUCUGAAGAGCCAAAAGGAGUGGGAUUUUCAAAAAAUAGGGCAAUUAGUAUAAGCAGUGGAGAUUUUUUAUGUUUUCAAGACGUGGAUGAUGUUAUGUUACCAAAUAGGAUUUUAAGACAAUAUGAAGCUGCAUGUAUUUUACCAAAAAACACUCUCAUAGGUUCAAAAUUUAAACGAACACCGGAAAAUUCGACGGUUCGUUACACAAAAUGGGCCAAUUUGCUAAACAAGGAGGAACUCCAAAAUCAAAUUUUUACUUCUUUUGGACCAACUGUUAUAAUGCCGACAUGGUUUUUUCACAGAAGCCUCUAUGAAGAAGUUGGCGGAUUUUUAGAGGAAAAAAUUGGCUGCCCUGAGGAUCUCAUAUUUUUUUACAAGCAUUUAGAUAAUGGAGGCAAAAUAUACAGGGUAGAUGAGGAAUUAUUGGUUUAUACCUAUCAUUUAGGGGCCACCACAUUCUUAAUAAACAAAGAUACCAUUUGGGACAAAAGAGUGGAGCGCCUCCAAAAAACGAUACUAAACCAAUGGCCUGCUUUUACAAUCUGGAAUGCUGGAAAGCAGGGUCGAAAACUGUACAAAUCCCUCGCACAAAAUCACCAAAACAAAGUGGUGGCGAUGUGCGACGUUGACGUGAAAAAAAUCGGCAAAACUUACGUACCGUUCGACGCUGCAGGCCGAAAAAUUGGCAGACCUGUAAAAAUUGUUUCUUUCAAGGAGGCCAACGCUCCUUUGGUUAUUUGCGUCAAGUUGGAUUUAACAAAUGGUGUUUUCGAGCACAACUUAAAAACGCUAAAUUUAGUAGAAGGUAAGGAUUAUGUUCUUUUCAGUUAGUUUUUUGAUUUU